UUUUCCCAAAGUUUUUUAGAAUGCCUUUAAUUAUUAAAAUUUUAUAUGGCUCAGAAACUGGAAAUGCUCAAGACUUUGCAGAACAAAUAUGGCAAAAUUUGUAUUCAAAAAACAUUUCAACUCAAUGUCUUGCAAUGGAUGACUAUUCAAUUAAUCUUUUGCCUACAGAAGAAUUAAUUAUAUUUAUUGUGUCAACAAGUGGGAAUGGUGAUGUACCAACUAAUAUGAGGAAAAGUUGGACUUUUUUAUUGACUAAAAAAUUGUUGGAAGGAAAAUAUCUUGACAAGGUUUGACUUAAAGAAUUUAAUUUUUUUCAAUUUUUUAAGUUAAAAUUUGCCCUUCUUGGUUUAGGAGACAGUUCUUAUACAAAAUACAAUUUUGCAGCAAAAAAAUUGUAUAGAAGAUUAAUUCAACUUGGAGCUAAACCUUUGAGUGAUUUGGCAUUGGCUGAUGAUCAAGAUGCUUUUGGAAUAGAUGGGGUAUUUGAAAAAUGGUUUUUUGAACUUUUGGAGAAUAAUAAGGUUUGUUUGUUUUUUUUGAAAGGUUAUUAGGGACUUGGAUUAAUAUAUAUGGGUAAAUACUAGGGAUACGACGACUUUGAGACAAAAAUCCUGGAAUGUUUUAGACCAUAUUUUCAAGAAUUUUUUCGGGUCGUGUUUCCGAUUCCAUGUAACACACUCGUAGGACUCGAAUGCUAGUGUCCUUAUUUUUCACCCUUUUGGAUUAGAUCUCAUUCACCGGCUGGAAUUUGUGUCUUUUAUUUUUCUUGCCCCACUACACUGUUUUCCUCAAACCUUUUUUCUUUCCAACAUAAACAGUUGGAGCCUCGCCCAUUAUCUCGGAUUUCGAGAUAACGUUUCGGACUUUCCAAUCACCUACUUCUCCCCCCCCCCUUUUCCUCUUUAUUUCCAUCAUUUCUCC